UCUACCUCUACCCAGGCAACCCGGAAGCCUUUUCUGAGUUUUCUCUUUGGUGCCUGUUUGGUAUUCUUCUUCUUUCUCUGACCAGGCUUUCCCUCUCUGCUUCACACCACUCAGUGGCCUACCUCACCUCACUUCUCUGAUUCACAUCACUGUCUACCUCACCUCACCUUUUUACUUCACAUCACUGCCUAGCUCACUUCGCCAUUCACUUUUACAUCGAUGCUAGCCUUAUCUUGCAUCAUCACUGCCUGCCUCACUUCGCCUCUCUACUUUACAUCACUGCCCGCCUCGCCUCGCUUCGCGGCCUCUCCACGAUCCCCAUCGCUCCUUUUCGAGCUCAUCUACUUCUUGCAGUCACAUUGCUGAACCGAACACAAGACUCGUCAUCGUUACCAUACCCGAAUUCUCUCAUCAACGCUUCCUUCAUCCAGCCACUCAGGCGACAUGCCUAUGGACGAGAAUCAAGCACCGGCGACAGCCCCGCACUCCGAAGCCGAGCCCGGAAAAAUGUCUCGCACUCAGACGCCCUCUUCGUCCAGCUCCACAGACAUCAGGGUGGUGAAAUAUGAUGGAAUCUCGACGCCAGUUGGGUACCCCAAAAACGUCUCUGUCGCUCCGUCUUCUUCAUUCAACCACGCCAGCAUCAUCCCCAAGCACACCGGUGACGUCGCGGCGACAGCCCCGUCCUCCAAAAAAGAUCCUCUCCCUCCCAGCAUUGCCCGAAUCCCCCUAUCGACGAUUCCCCCGCCCAACCACUCAAACACCCGGCGUGUGUACAAGGAUGGACCCGCGCUGGAUGCCGCGCCCUACAACGGCCACACCAUCACAUCCAAGAAGGGGAUCAACAAGGAGAAAGCCGACCUGCCCUUACUGAAUCGAGAGUCUCGGCGGUACACCCCGGGUCAGAUGUUGACGCUCUUGCCCCUCGUCCCGGCCCCGCCCCACGGGCUUCCGCAUCUUCCUUCGCUUGAAAAAAAGCUUCCCAAGGGACAAGUUCGCAAUUUCGAUUCGACAACGACGUUCUCGCUACGAGACGUUGCCAGAGUCGAGGUUCUCGAGCUCAUCAAAGGCGGCGUCGGCCGCGGAAUACAGUUGGUGCUCUGCAAGGUUGUGAAAGCGCCAACGAACACGCAGUCGGGGGGCGUUCGGAACAGCUACAAGUCGUUCGAUAAAGAAAUGAAGGUGGUGCUGAAAGUCUUCGAUCCAGUGCUCUUCCCGCAAGCCGAAGACUGGGAUGUAAGACAUGGCAAAAUGUCCGAGGACGACUGGGCCGAUGAACUGCUCAGUCGCGAGGCCAACGCCUUGCAGCACUUGUACAACAAAGGGAUCACCGGCCAUCCCCAUCCCGCCCCGCAGUAUCAUGGCACUUGGGCCAUGGAGUUCGAGUUCAAGGACCUGCACGACGUUCGGAAGCGACACGUCGGUGCAGUUCUCAUGGAAUACAUCGAGGGUGCCUCCAUGGAGAGCAUGUGCGACCGCAAGAUCGUGUACGAUGACGACGGCGACGACGACGACUGGCGUGUUCUCAUGGUUCCCAACAAUGCAUUCUUGAGUCCUCCCAGCUCUCAAGACGGCAAAUCCGGGGUGUCUUUCAGCGACCUGUCCGCCAGACUGAAGGUUUUCCGAACGCUGCUUGACGGCUGUGUAUCUUUCUUGCACGCAGGCAUCGACCGUAACACCUUUCUGGCCCGGGACAUUUUCCUUACGCUGGGAAACAACGGCGUCGACUUGGAGGAGCCCCGAGUGGUUUUCCUUGACUACAGCUACUCUGUUGUGUGGUCGGAUACCACAACAAGCAAGCAGGGCCGAGCGGACGAGUAUGACGGCAUGUUUCCAAAAGUGCCAAGCCACUAUCUGCUCAACGAGCACCCGCUCCAGCAAUUGCCUCGACCUCCGCAUCCUGCCUGGAAGUACAACGCCCGCAACCUCUCCCAAUUCGCCGGCUGGUUUCCGCCCGAGUGGAUGGACCGCCCGGGCGAUCUCAAGGACUGGCUCGAGAAAGAGUUUGGAGAGCUCGUCGAGGGGAAGUACUCGACGUACAAGACGCUGGUCAGGGUCCUGGAACAGGCAUCGGAGGCCGCAAAGCGUCGGUACUUUGCCGAGUACCCGGGAAAAGCGGCCGCCGAUCUGGAAACGGGCGAUCGGACAUUGAUGCUGCACCCGGAGCGGGAGGAGAAAAGACUACGAGAAGAGGCCAAGCACAAAGAGGAGACGGAGGAAUUUCGCGAGACGAUGCGCCGUAUCAAGCAGUUUGAGGAGGAGGAGAAAUCCCGAGUCGACCAACCCAAGGAUGUCGACAAGAAAUCCGGAACUUGGGGCAAAUUCCGUCUUCCUUUCAGAUCAGGCAAGGAUAAAGGAGUCAAGCAAGCCAAAGAUGGAGGACACGGAGGUGAUGCGGAGGGCGGAGCGUCCGCGUCAGUUGGAGGAGGACCCGCCGGAACCUCAACGAAGCGUCAGGGGGGCCAAAUCGACGACGAUGGAAAACACGGGGCCGGUGAGGGCGGCGGAGAAUCCCUCAUAAUCGACAAGAAGCGUCGCAAGGGUAAGAAACCCGAGGAAGGAGAACAUGGGGGCGACGAAGGCGGUGGAGCGUUCGCCAAACCGAAGCGCCUGGUGAGCGACUUCUUGCGUUUGGGUGGUGAGUCGAAGGAGCCGAGCCGUGCUACCCCGCCCGAGCAACAAUGAAGGCAAAGCAACACGGUAGCGAGCGCGUAUCAUGGAUUUCUUGAUCUCUUCCAAAAAAGAAUUGACGGCCGGAGGGGGGGGAUGUUUGAUGGAUGAUGAUUUGGGCGACUAUCAAGCGCAGGGACUGGCUACCGCAGCGCCAGCUGCCUAGCAAUGACACGUUGUUGGCUUUCAAGAUAGCGGGAUAGAGUAGUUUGCAACAUGCACAUGUUUUUUAAUAGAGUUGUCGACAAGAGACACAAAUACAGGAAGUGAG